GGGAAUCUGUAACUCGCACUCAGUCACCUGUCACACUCAGAGAGGUAGUGAGCACCCUGUAAGGUUACACUCACCCUCCUGUCACCAGUUUCAUCAGUCACUACCGUGUCACUGUCACGUUAGGAGCGUCCACUUUUACACUGACCUGUGGUAGGAGGUGAUUUAAAAUUAGCGACAAGUUUUUGGUGUACAUCCCUACGUAUACUAUAUACUGUACUGUACUAGUAAAUGAAUUGGUUGAAUCGUACCUCGAGUGAGUCUUGUCCUAAACUAGAGUCGAGUUAUUUUUGUAAAUAUGAGAAUUUAGAAGAAUGAACGGCGAUUUUAUUUAAACUAAAGUCUCCUUUGAAGGGACAAUUUCAUAUUUAAAAUCAAACGUCUGACAGGAGGAUAUUACACCGGUGCGUUUUUAAAAUUAAAGAGUAGAAUAUACCACAAGGUGCGAGAAGUAUUAGCAGCGGGGAAAUAUUACACAAGAAAAGACUUUUCUCGAUAAGAUUAUUCGUGUUUACCAUAAGACUGAGGCCGUGUGUGGAGGUAUUAAGAGAACAUGACCCAGCCACCCACAGCUGCUUCCCGGACCACUACUGAGAUCUAUUACUUGAUAGACGUUUUUGUGAUGUUCCUCCUCACCCUGGCUGGAGGUGCCGGUGCCUGGGGAGGACCUCUGGCAGACGGGGAAACAGAGAGACUCGUCACUGGCCAACAACACACUACACCACUGCCACGGGCUGCCAGGAUCCUCUCUGGUGUGGGCGUGAGAGACACCCCCGUCGGGGAGGUUCAGCGUGUUGACCUGCCCACCAGCCUCGGCCUCAUCGCCGGAAUGCAGGAGUUCACAGAUCAGCCUACCAGCAGGCCCUUCUACGCCUUUAGGGGCAUCCCGUUUGCCCAGGCCCCACUGGGUCGUCUGAGAUGGGCGGCUCCUAGCGAGCUGGAGGGAGGUGGGGUGUGGCCAGGCGGUCGUUUAGAUGCCACCCAGCACCGCCCCUUCUGUCCCCAGUAUGACCACAGCUCUCAAAAGGUGAUUGGGAAUGAGGACUGCCUGUACCUGAAUGUAUACACGCCUGUUCUGCCAGGUCAGUCACUGGAAAGGCUACCAGUGUUAUUCUUCCUGCAUGGGGGCGGGUACCUGCGGGGAGCGGCAUCCGCCCUUGGCCCUCAAAAGCUCCUGAAGGAGAACGUGGUGCUAGUCACAGCCAACUACAGGUUGGGUGCGCUAGGGUUUUUGAGCACAAGGGACACCACACUGCCGGGGAACUAUGGGGCGCUAGACCAGAUAACUGCUCUACGCUGGGUCAAAGCCAACAUAGCACAGUUUGGUGGCGACCCCAACAGGGUGACGUUGGGAGGGUUCUCUGCCGGCGCCUCCUUUGUACACCUUCACAUGCUGUCUCCACUGUCAAGGGACCUGUUCUCUGGAGCCAUCAUGAUGAGCGGGGCGGCAAACUGUCUAUGGUCAGUGGCGGAUUACCCGGAGUACGCAGCCUACGACCUGGCUCGUGACCUCGGCUGCACCACCAGGUCCUCCUAUUACCUGAAGGACUGCCUGCAGGACAAGACAGCCCAGGAGAUCAUUCAGGCCCAGACCUCCAGACAUCGGUAUGUGUUCUGGCCAAUGCUGUACCGGCCGGUGGUGGAUGCUGGCCUCAGAGAGUCACCCUUCCUUCCAGAGCCUGUCGAGGUCCUCAUGUCCCGCCCUCCACCUCACCCAGUUCCUCUCCUGUUGGGGGGAGUGCCUGAUGAAGGAAUAUUCUUUGCUUUAACUGUGGCGAUCUUCUCCAAGAGUGGGGGCAGUGCCAGUGAGCUGUACAAGGAGGCAGUGCGCUACACGGUGGAGUCCCUAUGGCCGAACACCACCACCACCACCCCCGUCACCGACUCUGUCACCUCCUUCUACUACACCCACCAGGCCAGGGACAACCUCGACACCCUAGCUGAGGAGAUGAGUGAGACAUUCACAGACCUAUUGUUUACAUCGUGUAUAUGGGACGCUGCCGCCUACUUUGCAUCAUCCUCUCGAGUCCCAGUUUACACGUACCUGAUGACACACCGUGACCCCAGGUCUCCAACAUACGCCGCACCUCUGCACCGCCAGGCUGAGGCCAUGGGUGUGAGAAGUCGUGCCAUAUACUCCGGCAUCUCUCAUGGGGAUGACCUCGCCCACAUCUUCUCCUUCCCAUAUGACCUGGGUCAGCCGGGGUCAAGGGACUUUCAGAUUUCUGCACUUCUUAACUUUAUGUGGGCAACCUUCGUCCACACUGGGUCACCGCAGGAAGCAGACCUGUCCACAACAGGGAUGCCAGUGUGGACGCCCCUGGUGGCUGGGGAACAAGUCACCUAUUACAGCAUAUCCUUCACUCCAGGCAUGUCCUCCACACCCUUCAGGGGCAAGGAACGGAACUUAUGGCGACAGACACUGACGUACGUGGACACCACCUCGGAAACUUUUUUCGCUUAUUUUGCCUCUACUUGGGUGCUACUGGCUGUGCUGCUACUACUGUUGCUGCUACUGAUUGUGGUGGGCAUCUGUGUGUGGAGGAUGAGACGGAGAGACAAGUACCCAGGAAGUUCACUCACCCUGAGGAGCCGCAUUUCUCGCAACCCCUCUCCAUCUUCCUCCAGCAGCCGGUAGCUCAGUGUGGGCGUGUUGUCCAGCUAAGGAUGCUGAAUGUUGAGUCAAGGAGAAGUAUCAAAUGUUUAUUAAUUCUGCCACCCUGACCAUGGGCUAAGUUCAGGCAUAUAGUAUUAGAUCCUGUUUCUUCUUUACUUAUGUACGCUUGAAGCUGAUGGUCACACACCAGAAAGUGUAUUACCCAGUUUUGAAGGGAUUGCUAGAGUGGUGCCCGUCACAUUUGCCAACUGUGAUGUGUUGGGCACACCUCUCAGGGUUAAUGGAGCAUUUAGGACUUGUGCAUUCAACCUGACAAUCAAUAUUUUAUACCUUUGUCCUGUGCUAGAACUUAGACUAGUUAUCAUUAUAUAUAAUGUGUAAAAAUAUUUUAUUUAUGCUUUGACUGCACAGUAAGCCAUUUUAAUGCCUUUGUGAAUAGAAUAUGUACAGUGUUUUGUGUCAAAUUAUGAUUGGAUAGUGUUAGGCUUGGUGUCAUUUCAUCCAGGCUGGCUGAUUACUGAAACGAUUCGUAGUGGUAUAGUUACAGUAAUUCUUUGAAAAAGCGUGCACAUCACAUAUUUAUUUGAACACACACACGCACUUACUUACUUACGGCUGUCCGUCGUAGCCAACGAUGACUCUGCUUCAUUAUGAAAUCGAUGAUGACGAUGAUGAGUGGUGAACUAGGGAUGUUGUCGGCGGUGCCACUGGAGUCCAAUCCUUGACCCGUAGACUCUAUCUCACAUUGGGCAGGACAGCUCCGGGUUGGGUGUGUUGUUUGUAGGAAGGACAAGAAAAGCCACAGACAUUUAAUAUUCCAUCGCUUUCCUAAGGAUAAAGACUGGAGAUUAUAAUUAUGUCAUGGAGAUAAAGGAGUUAAGUGUAGUUACUAGUUUAAGUUACCAUGGCUUUGGCCCCAUGUCUGCUAUGAGGUAAGUUUAAAUUAAUGUUUAAAGGAAUCAUCGGCCUCGGCUUGAGGAAGAUUAUGACGCCCGUAUUAUUAAACAUCUUCCCUUGAAGAGGGUCGUCGUGUUUCAACCCGAGUUUUAAACUAAAU